AUGUUUUCAGGGAAACUCGUACUCUUUGUUCUGGGCUGGAUUGUUGUAACUGUUUUUAUAAAGCCGAGCGGCGCCAGAAUGACUUUUAAAGCCGGUGACUGCACAUACAACAGAUCGACGUUCUCCAACUUUAGUAUCCAAAUAAUCAAGACGAAAGUAUUAAUGGAUAUGAUUUUGGUCACCACUCUACGACAGGGGCUAAAAGCGCACUUGAGCUUCGAGUUCCGUAUUUCCAAGGGCAAACCCUACCAAAGUGUCUACCAACACGAUAUGAACUACUGUGCUUUGAUCAAGGGCUCUCAGGAGUCGAUUUACCGGCGGUGGUUUACGUCCAUGCUAAAGGUGGGAAACUUCGCAACGAGCUGUCCCAUAAGGGAAGGUUACUAUUAUAUGCAUGGCUGGACCCUAGAUGCGAGCAAUGUGCCAUCCUUUCUUUACCUGGGUGACUACCGGAUCGGCGGAUCCUUCUUCUACGGCAGGUUCAAGAAACCGUUCUACAGUCCCCUACUGGAGUGUAGUGUUGAAGCGGUGUUGAACUAA